AUGUUGUACAUUGUUGCAUCUGCCCCUGUUUCUCUUUAUUCGCAUGCUACAUCUAUAAUAAAGUUUAAUGGACUCAAUUUUUCUGAUUGGUGCGAACAAAUCCGAUUCCAUCUUGGAGUUUUGGAUCUUGAUUUAGCACUUUUAAGUGAGAAACCUGCUGCAAUUACUCCUGCUAGCAGUGAUGAGGAUAGAUCUUUCUAUAAAGCUUGGGAAAGAUCAAAUAGAUUGAGCUUAAUGUUUAUGCGAAUGACUUCAGAGUCGGCUGACAAGUCACUUGCUGGAACACUUAUGAGUACUUUAACCAACAUCAAGUUUGAUGGUUCUCGUACUAUACAUGAGCAUAUCCUUGAAAUGACGAACUUGGCAGCAAGGUUAAAGACCAUGGGACUGGAAGUUAAUGAGAAUUUUUUGGUAACAUUUAUCCUUAAUUCCUUACCUUCAGAGUAUGGUCCAUUUCACAUGAACUAUAACACUCUGAAAGAUAAAUAG